AUUUUCCUGCAUGUAGCCGCAUGGGGUUUCUUUAGAGUUUAAAUAUAGAGACGAAUUUCAUAAUUUCAUCAAUUAAUUAAUUUGACUAUCAAUUACAUUUCAAUAACGAUUAAAUCAUGUUUCCAGGAUCAGGUAAUAAUAGUUAUAAGAACUAUGGUCCUCCACCAGGUCCUCCUCAAGGAUAUGACAAUUAUGGUCCACCUCAGGGCCCACCACCUCAACAACAAUAUGGCUAUGCUUCUCAACAACAAGAUUAUGGUCCACCCCCAGGAGCUCCACCACCAAGAAAUUAUGAUCGUGGACAAGCAGGUUAUGGAGCUCCACCUACUGCUCCUCAAAGUUUUGGACAAAAUACUCAUUUCACUUAUCAAUAUUCCAAUUGUUCCGGUAGAAAGAAGGCUUUAUUGGUUGGAUGCAAUUAUUUUGGAACCAAAAAUGAAUUAAGAGGAUGUAUUAAUGAUGUUAAAAAUAUGAGUAAUUUCUUAGUUCAACGUUGGGGGUAUAAAUGGGAAGAUAUGGUUAUUUUAACUGAUGAUCAACAAGAUAGAGCCAGAGUUCCCUUGAAAGAAAAUAUUUAUCGAGCUAUGCAAUGGUUAGUUAAAGAUGCUAGACCUAAUGAUUCAUUAGUUUUCCAUUAUUCAGGUCAUGGAGGUACUACUCCAGAUUUAGAUGGGGAUGAAGAAAGUGGGUUUGAUGAUGUGAUUUAUCCUGUUGAUUUCGAACAAGCUGGUCAUAUUGUUGAUGAUGAUAUGCAUGAUAUUAUGGUUAAACCUUUACCACCUGGUUGUAGAUUAACUGCAUUAUAUGAUUCAUGUCAUUCUGGUACUGCUCUUGAUUUACCUUAUGUUUAUUCUACUAAAGGGGUAGUUAAAGAACCAAAUUUAUUAAAAGAUGCCGGUUUAGGAGCUCUUACUGCUAUUAUGGAUUAUGAAACUGGUAAUAUUGGUGGAGCCAUUACUGCUGUUAGUGGACUUUUUAAAAAAGUGACUAAUCUGGCUGGAGGUAAUGCUGAUGCCAUCAGACGUGUCAAAGCUUCCGCUGCAGAUUGUAUAUCUAUUUCAGGUUGUAAAGAUGAUCAAACCAGUGCUGAUGCUAGUGAAAAUGGUCAAGCCACGGGUGCUAUGUCAUGGUCAUUCAUUAAAGUAUUAACCGAACUGCCAAAUCAAUCAUAUUUAUCGUUAUUGAAUAACAUGAGAUCCUUAUUGAGUCAAAAGUAUUCUCAAAAGCCUCAAUUGAGUUGUUCUCAUCCUCAAGAUAUGAACAUUCAAUUCAUUAUGUAGACCAUUUGGUAUUGUUGCCAUAUUUAGAUCAUUCUCACUCGAAUUUUUUUUGGUUGACAGGGUUCGUGUUUUGAUCCACAAAAAAA